UUGAGAAAUUGCAGACAAGACAAGCUAAGCUACUAUUACUGCGACGUUUUUACACGUGCAUAACGAACAAACCACGCCAUUUUCUAAGUGAAGUUUAAUAAAAAGUGUUAAUUUAAUCAAAAUGCCGGAAGAGAUGCAGACUCAAUCCGGCGAGGUGGAAACCUUCGCCUUCCAGGCUGAAAUCGCUCAGCUAAUGUCAUUGAUCAUCAACACAUUCUACUCCAACAAAGAGAUCUUUCUUCGUGAGGUAAUUUCAAACUCUUCAGACGCAUUGGAUAAGAUUCGCUAUGAAUCGCUCACUGAUCCGUCGAAGCUGGACAGCGGUAAGGAGUUGUACAUCAAGAUUGUGCCCAACAAGAGCGAGGGCACGUUGACCAUCAUCGACACCGGUAUCGGCAUGACAAAGGCUGAUCUCGUGAACAACUUGGGUACCAUUGCGAAAUCUGGCACGAAGGCGUUUAUGGAAGCGUUGCAAGCCGGCGCGGACAUCAGCAUGAUAGGCCAGUUUGGUGUAGGUUUCUAUUCGUGUUACCUGGUCGCCGACCGCGUGACUGUCCACUCUAAACACAAUGAUGACGAGCAGUACAUGUGGGAAUCUGCUGCGGGCGGAUCCUUCACUAUCAGACCCGACCACGGUGAGCCCUUGGGUCGCGGUACUAAGAUCGUUCUUCACAUCAAAGAGGACUUGUCAGAAUAUUUGGAAGAGCACAAAAUCAAGGAAAUCGUGAAGAAGCACUCUCAAUUCAUUGGUUAUCCGAUUAAAUUAGUGGUAGAGAAAGAACGCGAAAAGGAAUUGUCCGAUGACGAAGCAGAGGAGGAGAAAAAGGAAGAAGAGAAGGAAGACGAAAAGCCCAAGAUCGAGGAUGUAGGUGAAGAUGACGAGGAAGACAAGAAAGACAAAAAGAAGAAGAAAACUAUCAAGGAGAAAUACACGGAGGAUGAGGAACUGAACAAAACUAAGCCCAUCUGGACUCGCAACGCUGACGACAUCACACAGGAGGAAUAUGGUGACUUCUAUAAAUCGCUCACAAAUGACUGGGAAGAUCAUCUUGCAGUGAAACAUUUCUCUGUAGAGGGCCAGCUCGAGUUCAGAGCUCUGUUGUUCGUUCCACGCAGAGCACCCUUUGAUCUCUUUGAAAAUAAGAAACGCAAGAACAAUAUCAAACUGUAUGUACGCCGAGUAUUCAUCAUGGACAACUGUGAAGACCUCAUCCCCGAGUACCUAAACUUCAUUAAGGGCGUAGUCGACAGUGAAGAUUUGCCAUUGAACAUUUCACGUGAAAUGCUCCAACAAAACAAAAUCCUCAAAGUAAUCAGAAAGAAUUUGGUUAAGAAAUGCUUGGAGCUCUUCGAAGAAUUAGCAGAAGAUAAAGAAAAUUACAAGAAAUUCUAUGAACAAUUUAGCAAGAAUUUGAAACUAGGUAUCCACGAAGACUCACAGAACCGAUCAAAGUUGGCUGACUUGCUUCGCUACCACACAUCGGCAUCUGGUGAUGAGGCAUGCUCACUGAAGGAGUAUGUUUCACGUAUGAAGGAAAAUCAGAAACACAUCUACUACAUUACUGGUGAGAACCGUGACCAAGUAGCAAACUCAUCGUUUGUGGAGAGAGUCAAGAAACGUGGCUAUGAAGUUGUAUACAUGACCGAACCCAUUGAUGAGUAUGUAGUACAACAAAUGAGAGAGUAUGAUGGUAAAACUCUAGUCUCUGUCACAAAGGAGGGUCUAGAACUCCCUGAAGAUGAAGAGGAAAAGAAGAAGCGUGAAGAAGAUAAAGUCAAAUUUGAAAAUCUUUGCAAAGUCAUGAAGAACAUCUUGGACAAUAAAGUUGAAAAAGUAGUAGUAUCAAAUCGGUUGGUUGAGUCUCCUUGCUGCAUUGUUACUGCUCAGUAUGGAUGGUCUGCAAACAUGGAGCGUAUUAUGAAGGCCCAGGCUCUCAGAGAUACAUCCACCAUGGGUUACAUGGCUGCAAAGAAACAUUUAGAGAUUAACCCUGAUCAUUCGAUUGUUGAAACGUUGAGGCAGAAGGCAGAGGCUGAUAAAAAUGACAAAGCUGUAAAGGAUCUUGUCAUCUUGCUGUAUGAGACUGCUCUGUUGUCAUCUGGAUUCACUCUUGAUGAGCCACAGGUCCACGCUUCUCGUAUCUACCGUAUGAUUAAGCUUGGUCUUGGCAUUGAUGAGGAUGAACCUAUCCAAGUUGAAGAGACCAGUGCUGGAGAUGUGCCACCACUAGAAGGUGAUGCUGAUGAUGCAUCACGCAUGGAGGAAGUUGAUUAAAUCUCUAUACCACCUAUAAAUAGCUUAUUCCAAUCAACUUAUGGUGUUAAGUUUUAAGAUUGUUUUGUGCACUGGUGUACAGCCAAAGACUGAUUUAGUUCAAAAAAUCCAUUAUUUAAAAUAAAAUGGUAAACAAUUAUUUCUGUUUUU